CUUCGUGGAGGGACGUUGUGUAUUCCUACUAAAAAUUGUUACGCGUGUUUACGUUCGUAAGAUAAUUCGGAAAGUUACAAUGACUUUUUGUUUAUGAAUAGUGUUGCUUAACUUUAUUUGUAUUUUAUACGUAUUGUGAUGAAAAUGUCCGUGAUGGAUGCUAUUUCGGAAAAAUGUUGAGAGCGUUGGAUCUGCGAUGUUUCUUUCGGUUUCUGUGUUUUGCUUUGUGGAUUUAUACAUGUGAUGGAUUAAUAGAAAUAGUCGAGGAACAGCGAUGCUAUGACUACGAGUUUCGAUUAACCUGCAGAGAACUGGAUUCGCACAUAGCUAUUCUGGAAGCGUGGUACACUUCUAUGGACAACUACUACCGCAACUCGAACGAAACUCACGCCAGCUACUCGAUCAGAACAGAGAACGACUCUGAACUCGACAGAGUUUACGUUUACUCUAGCCCAAAGCACAACGGUGUUUACGAGUUGACCAAUCAGUCUGUGAGUGAAAACAGCACAAACACAAACAGUUCAUUCGAUUAUGAAUCGAAGUUUAGUGAAGUGAAUGUGACUUCUAUGGAGGUGGAUGUGUCUGUUGAGUUGUUGAAUGUGAGUGAGAGAUGUGUUGGUGUGAGUUACCUUCGGAGUUAUGGGAGUUGGCGGGAUGGUGACAAACGCCGACGACAGCUGUCAAGAAGAUAUUCGAUUAAUUUGCGAGCGCCUUUGAGUUACAGAUGUACGGGCGUAAAUCACUGCAGUUUUGUAAUGACUGAAGACUAUCCGCCAUCCGUGCGAUGGGGUCCCGGAGUUGUGUAUAUCAAAUACGCAUGUUUUGACGAUUCGCUGUCUAUCCACUACUGCAAUCGGGAGGUCCGGAUAUUGGAGUGGGGCCCGGAUAGCGAAGGCUAUAUACGCACGCCCGGAUAUCCGCACUUCUACAUCGGCGACGAGUGCAGGUGGAAGCUCCGAGUUAAUCCGGAGCAGAAGAUACGGAUAACUCUACUUGAUGUUAGUUUAAGAAGUAUUGGGCCGUUUGAAGAAAAUUGUACAGAUUUUGUGUCCGUCCUGGACUCGAAUGGAGAUACCUUAUUGUCCGGCUGUGAACAAGUGGAUACACCACUGGUGUUGUCUUCCACAACUAAUUCGGUUGAGGUGAUAGUGGAAGCUAAUUCUAAGGGCGCCUUUCCAAAGAGAGGCGUGUUGUUACAUUAUAAAAGUGUUGGUUGUGUUACGUUACCAGCGCCACCUAGGGGCUACAUUGUGUACAGAAACGAAGAUGUAGCUCACUAUAUGUGCGAAGUUAAUUAUGUUUUCGUCGAUACUUACGAGAGGGCGCGGAUCCUAUGGUGCUACGAUGAUAAUAGGUGGAAUGAUACGGUGCCUCUAUGUAUUGAAGAGACAUCAAUUGUCGUCGCGACCUCUACACCGGAAAGGACCGAUAAAGACACAAAGCUGGCGAACAGCGAGGGAAAUAUGAUGAUAGACAUCGUCAUCCCCUCGCUCCUGAUAGCGGUCCUCUUUAUUGGCAACGCAUUCAUCGUCCUUGUCAUUUAUAAAUACAGAAAACGGAAAACUGAAGACCUAGAAGACGAGUUCAACACGAUUCCACUGAGUGUCAAUGGUAACGUACACAGUCCCGGAAAUGCAGUCUAGUCUCCUCCAUAAAUACGUUGUUUUUUUAAAGGCGUUUACACUCGCCAGACUUACGUGUUAAUAUUACCUAUUUGCUAAAUGUACAUAGAAGGUAUCUACGUCUCAGCGUUAAAUACUUAAACAAAAAACCAAAUGAUUUUCGCCUUCCUUACCUCUUUCUACAGUCAAUUUCGGGUGAAAAUAUUUCCAACUAUCUCAAGUUAUACAAAGCGUUUUAGUACACAAUACAAAAAUGACACCAAAGAGGUUUUUGAUACGAAGCUGCUAUUUAUAUCGAGGACAGCGAAAUGUAGGUAUAUUGAAUGGAUCAUUAAAAAAUUAUUUCCGAACUUUCGAUGUUUUGAUGUUAACAUAGAAGUGAUACAAAUUGUUAAUAUUUUAUUUUAAAAAAAGCUUGAGUUACCAGCUCAGUUAAUCGUAGUUUUUUUUUGGCUUCUUGCUAGAUUUCAAUGGUCUCAAAAUAUAGAGUACUGUCUCUCUUAAUCUUAAUCCUUUAAAUGUAAAGUCAGUAGAGUGUAUUCUUCGUUAAAUACUUGUUUUGUAAAUCACGGCUCAGCUGUGAGUUGAAUACGCGAUUGAUUGUGUUUUGCGUCGGGUCGUUAGUCUAUAGCCAGCCUAAGUUACCAAGUUAUUUAUUUAUUCGAUACCUGAACCUCACGUAGUCAUCCAAACUUUGAAUAAAAUCACAUUUUGAGAUAAUGUCGCCAUAAUACAUUUAUUGAAUUUUGUUCGGAACGUAUGUUACACCUACUCACCGCAUAUUUAAUACGUUUUAUUUCUCUUCGUAUUUUCGAUAGUGGUACAUCACUACGCCAUCCCGUAUAAGUAAAUGCGAAAGAAAGCGCACACACUGCACAUAUUAAAACCAAUGGGCAGCGAGUAUUUGAAAUUAGUUAUGUUCAGUUAAUUAUUGUUCGAUGAAGGUAAAUAAUGAUUAAAAUAAUUGUCGACAUAAAUCUUUCCGGUCAAAAAUGUGGUUUAGUUCCCCUAGCGUUUAAGUAAGGACUGAUAACAAUAUGAUUAUUGUAUUAUUGCAUUUCUGUUUAGAGCACCGUAUGUUUCCGUCAAUUAAUUGUUAUUGCUUCAUAGUAAUGUUGAUGUAUUUAGUUCGUCAAACUGUUGAUUCUGUUACACAGUACUGUAUGUAUAGAAUGUAAUAAAGGACUAUAUCUUUA